CGGCGUCGCGGUGCCCAGUUCAGUCGACGCUUGGAGUCAGUGACGGGUGGUGGUGUAUGAUUCGUUGUGUGGGUUACUAGCAAUACUUGAUUUUGUUCGGGGUCGAGUGUGCCGCAGUAAUAAACAACAUAGACGCUUCCGUGUUUAUGGCUCGUGAAAAUGGCAACAACUUGGUCUGGUUUUGUCGGCAGUAAUGUGACACCAGCGGACACAAUGAGGAGACGCAGGCUUACUGUGUGGCUGCUGCUUCUAGUGGCAGCACACGGGGCUCGCACUGCCGAUCCUCAACUCGUGGACUCGACGGCGACCAACACCGAGUUCCCAGAAACUACGACAGAGUCUAUGGAAGGACGAGGCAAUAAGAAGUUCGGAGACCGUUGUGAGGAAACUAUGGAGUGUGGAUUCAAGGGCUCCUUUUGCGACCCUCUGCUCAAGUCCUGCCAAUGUCUACCCAAUCUGAGCGCGACCAACCACAUCGACAAGUGCGGACACGCCGUCAACAUCAACGAAACCUGUUUCUUCAACGAACAGUGUGAGGUGCGCGUCAUCCAGACGGAGUGCCGGAAUGAGCGCUGUGCCUGCAGGUUCGAGAUGACACCGGUCCUCAAAAACGACAAGUAUGAAUGCAUAGCGAUCUACAAGCCACCAGAGACUGAGAGAUACGUGGACCCCACCAUGAUUAUGAUCCUCGUCGCUAUGGCUCUCAUGUUUGUCAUCAUCUGCGUCGUUCUUCGUCUUUUUAGCAAGGCUCGCUGGAGGGAGAACCGCACGAUCUUCAACACACCCAACCCGCGCCUGAUGAACGUGUCAUUGCUUCAGCACAACAAACACCCAUCGGAUCAGCGGCGCGGCAGCAGGGGUAGUGUGCGUGCCCCUAGCCGCCAACCCAGCAUGGCGAGCCUGCGACCCACUUCGCCCAAUGCCAGCCAAGGUUCCAGGAUUUCGCGAUGCGGUUCCCGCGGUAGCAGUGGUGGCUCUCCUCGCUCCCCUUCAAAGAUGGCUGCCAACAAUGUAGCGCACACCAAUGCGGCCGAGAACAAUGUGGCCGAUCGCGAUGUGCCCAACAAUCAGGAGCCUAUCGCAUAAUUUGACAGGAUAAGGGGUGGCCUAGACGGACCCUGCAGUGAGUGGACAGUCUAUAUACAGGGACCAGACUUCUCUAUAGUGACCAGUGAAUUGUUCUAUGACUCUAAUAGCCUUUUCUACGCUGCUAACUUUAAGCAAUUUAACAAUCUCACUUAUCAAUCAUCACACAAAUAUUUCUAGACGUAGUGAUUCUAGAUUAGCUUUCUUUAUUCUAUAAUGAAUACAAGGGUUUAUUCUGUCCAGUAGAAUAGACGAAGCAGGCUCAUCUUUAGAUCAAAAUUUGCUUAGACAAAGUCUAUCAUUUAAGAAUAAUUUUUUACGUAUUUUUAACAAACUGUAAAUUUAUUUAGUGCCUCUGUAAAGCUUAGUCUCAAUCAAAGCACUUUUGACAUUUACCACCGUAAUUGUAAUAAAUAUCUAGACGUAAUGUAGGAUAGACUCGAGGCACGGGAAAAUGUAGAAUGGGUCUGAAAGGGGGUCAUCAUUGUCACGAAGAUCCCUUCUCGGGUCCAGGCGGUCUGGGAGGCGGUCGUAGGUUCCAGGGCGACCUCCUCUCGGAUCCGGUGGGUCGCGGAGGGGGUUGUCGGUUCCAGGCGACCCCCUCACUGGCCCUGAGGGGUUUGCUCAACCGAGGAAGUUAAGGGAAGACCUCCUCGGUUGGCUGAGUUAUGAUCGCUUAUAUGAGCUCAAAGCUAAGCUGACCUGUGAGUAACAUUAUUUCUGGCACAAUUUUCAAGUAGUUUUGCUUAGUAGGUGUUCGUUUCGUGCCAAUUUUCACCUUUUAAAGUCUUCCUUCUUGAGUUUCGCACGGCCCAUAGAAGGGUGUAGAGCCAGCCCUUAGGGGUAGCACGAGGGGUAGAGGCCAUAGUUUUAUUUAUUAUAAUAAUCAUGUAUCUCCGAUAUUCGCUGGGUUCGGCGACGUGUACCUAUUGUACCAUUCGAUACUCUCUACCUGCAUACUUGAUUAUAAAAUUUAUCUUCUUUA